CCAAAGUAAUGUCGACCUUUGCAGCAGCGCUGCAGGUGAACUAAGAAACGGUUGUCACACUUUGUUUUCCAGUUUGUCGCAAACUUGUCUGUGUUUAAUAGGGAAAGAUAACAUUCAAGAGGGCGCUCCACUGGGAAGGCUCUGCAGUCGCAGUUAAGAAACCCUUCCAAGUUCCAGAAUACGCAGUAUAUAGAACACCUGGUACAGCAAAAUGGUGGCUGCCAUUGCAGAUUUUUAUGCUGGAUGCAGCAUAUUUGUCAUUGGCUUUACAGGGUUUAUGGGCAGGGUUCUGGUCGAGAAGCUGCUGAGAAGUUGUUCUGACAUAAAGGCAAUUUACGUACUUAUCAGACCAAAGAAUAACCAGGAUGUGAGGCAGAGACUUGAAGAUGUCUUCAGUUCCAAACUAUUUGACAAGUUGAGAAAAGAGCGUCCAGAGUUCCGCACCAAAGUCAUUCCAGUGAAUGGAAAUAUGUUAGAGCCACACCUGGGCAUGAGCCAGUCAGAUAUGACCAGACUUGUUACUGAUGUGUCUGUGGUAUUUCAUGCUGCAGCAACUGCCAACUUUGAGGAACAUUUAAAAUCAGGAGUGCUGAUGAAUUUGCAUGGUGUGAAAAAACUUGCAGAGCUAUGUAAACAGAUGUCAAAACUGGAAGCCUUAGUUUAUGUGUCCACUGUCUUUGCAAAUUGUGACAGAUCACAGGUGCAGGAAGCAAUAUAUCCACCAGCGCUCCAACCCCAGAAACUGAUGGAGGCAGCAGAAUGGAUGGAUGCUGAAAUGAUGGAAAUUUUGGCUCCUCACCUGAUUGGCAAGCGGCCAAACACAUACACUUAUAUCAAAGCCAUGGUGGAGUAUCUUUUAGUGGAGGAGUAUGCCAGCCUACCCAUUGCCAUAAUAAGGCCCUCUAUAGUGGGAGCCUCACUGAGAGAACCCUUUCCUGGGUGGCUUGAUAAUUUUGAUGGACCAACCAAUCUUCUUACUAAGGUUGGCAAGGGUAUUUUGAGAAGUAUGAUGGGAAAUGUGAAUGGCAAAGCUGACGUUGUUCCCAUAGAUUUGGUAAUAAAUCUAAUGAUAGCCUCAGCAUGGUAUACGUCAGUGCACAGGCCAAGCAACACCAUGGUUUAUAACCUCACAACUGGGAACUUGAACAAGGCUACAUGGGGACACUGGGAACGCUAUGUCCGUGAUUACUUCUUGAAGAACCCUCUAGAUCAUCCACUCAGGGUGCCACGCCUAAGAUUCACUACCAGUAGUGUCUGGUUUAGACUAAACCACUGGAUUGAUCAUGAUUUGCGAGCUUAUGUAUUGGACUUUUUCCGGCUGCUGAUGGGACGACAACCAUGCAGUGUACAAUACAAUGAAAGCCAGAAAAAAACAUUGAAAUCUUUGGAUUAUUUUACCCUGAAUCAGUGGGAAUUUUCAAAUGACAACUUGGUGAUGUUGUGGAACAAAGUGAAUAAGGAGGACCAAUCGGUUUUCAAUUUUAAUGUAAAGAGCAUCAAUUGGCCAUCUUAUGUGGAAAACUACUGUCUUGGCGUGAAGAGGUAUUUUUUGAAAGAAGAAUUGUCAGGCUUGCCAGGCGCAAGAAGGGCAAUGAAAAGAUUACAGUAUUCCUGGUUUCUCAUAAAAAUCACCACAUUCAUCAUAUUGUGGUGCCUCCUGGCUAAGCGUGUGGCUGUUGCUCGGGCUUUAUGGCAGAAAGUUAUCUUUUUAGCUUUAUUUAUUUACCAGAAACUUCCAAGCUUUGCCAAGUCACAUUGAUUUUGUUACUCAUUCAAAUCAUCUGAAUUCACAUCUUUGUGAGUUUCCAUGGUUUAUAAUGACUGGAAAAAAUAUGGUGCCAUUUGUAAAUAUUUUGAAAGAAGUGUAGAUGUUCCUGCAAACUAUGAAAUCAUUCCUUACUUGGUGCACCUUAUUAAUGUUCAAUGCAAUGAUGCAGCAAAAGUUAUUGGCUAUUGCUAUUACCACCUUGAAUAUUUUAAAGUAAUUUUUGUGAAAUUUCAAGUUAUGCAGCAAAUCCAGAUGGAAAGUUGUGCCUCAAAUACAUCACAGUAAAUUUUAGUGCUACUAUAAGAACUGUAUCAAGAUAUUCAUUUUUAUUUUUUUAUAUGACAUUAUUUUCAAUUUGAAAGUUUGUUGGAAGGAUCAUUUGCCACUCCCUAAUAAAUUUAUUGAGUUUUACAAACCCAUGUUUCUUUAAUUACUUCAGACAUAAAAACUCGGUGGUUCUGGAAUUGAAAAUUGUAAACUGAAGCCAAAAUUUCACAUACAUUUCAGGCAUUGUUGGAUAGUUUCGAUUUAUCAUGAACAGUCUAAUAUACUUUUAAAUGUUUGAAAGAUCAAGCAAUUAGUCAUUUUAACCUUUUUUUCCAAAAAAAUGCUAAAUCAAGGUGUACAGAUCAAUCCCCAUUUCACAAAAGGAGUACUAUGGUAAUGUCCAUCUUUUCAAUAGGCAAAAAUUAUCUAACUUUCAGAUGUCCCUUAAAAAUCGUAAAAAUUAUAUCUUUGUAUAGCAUUUGUGGUGCUUUUAAUGAUAGAACAGAACAGGUAUUAUGCUUUUCAAUUUUGUUGCUACCACUCAAUAGGAUUGCUUUUAUUUUAAAAUGUCAAGACUUAAAAAAUACAGCAACUGUAAAAAAUUUGCAAUUUUACCCCCAUUGAAAAGAUUUUUUACCAUAAUAAUAACAAAGGCUCAUAUGUCUUUGACUGAACUAAACAAGGGAGACAUUUUUUGAAAAAAACUUCCAACUUGAGAUAUGAAACUUGUCACAAAAAAAA